AUGGCCUCGCUGCGACUUCGACGGACACCAGCUUUGGGCUCUGCCCUUGCUGUUCCCAGGUGCAGCCCAUCUCUUCGUGUUCGCACGUUUAGUGCUCUGAGAACCGGCUCUGCGCCCUACCCAGCCAGCCGGCUGAGCUCCCGCUCCCCGGCCUUGCCUGCGUACGCCUCCUUCUCUCGAUACCAGCAAUUCAGCACGUCUCCUGUUCAGUAUGCAGAAGUGACCGUCAAAGUCCCCCAAAUGGCCGAGUCAAUUUCGGAAGGGACUUUAAGUACAUUCACGAAACAGGUCGGGGAUUACGUCGAGCAAGAUGAAGAGAUUGCCUCAAUCGAAACAGACAAGAUUGAUGUGGCGGUCAACGCUCCUGAGGCUGGUACGAUAAAGGAGCUCCUGGUCAGCGAGGGCGACACUGUUACCGUCGGACAAGAGAUCGCAAAGAUCGAGCCUGGCGAGGGCAGCGGUGGUGGUGCCAAGGAAGCAACGGAAGAGCCCAAAGAGCCUGCUUCGGAAAAGCAACCCACUAGCUCAGAUCCAGAGCCAAAGAAGGAGGAAUCAGCGAAGGAAGAGCCGCCUUCGCCUCCUCCGAAGAAGGAGGAAACGCCCGCUCCGCCAAAGGAAGAGAAGAAGCCUGCGCCACCCAAGGCAGAGAAGAAGCCUGCAUCUGAGGAGCCGGAGGGAAUUUCGUCGCCUUUCGGCCCAGGUAGCAGGAAUGAGAACAGGGUGAAAAUGAAUCGUAUGCGUCUGAGAAUCGCCGAGCGUCUCAAGCAGUCACAGAACACUGCCGCGUCAUUGACGACGUUCAAUGAGGUUGACAUGUCCAACAUCAUGGAAUUCCGCAAGAAAUACAAAGAAGAGGUCUUGAAGAAAACCGGAGUCAAGCUUGGCUUUAUGAGUGCAUUCUCAAAGGCCGCGGUACUUGCAAUGAAGGAUAUCCCCGCUGUCAAUGCAUCUAUUGAGGGUCCAGGAGGUGGCGACACCAUUGUGUACCGAGACUACGUAGACAUCAGUGUCGCAGUUGCUACACCCAAGGGCCUGGUCACACCAGUGGUCCGAAAUGCGGAGAGUCUGGACAUGGUCGGCAUCGAGAAGACUAUUGCGGACCUAGGCAAGAAGGCACGAGAUGGAAAACUUACCAUUGAAGACAUGGCUGGAGGAACUUUCACUAUCAGCAACGGCGGUGUUUUCGGUUCCAUGAUGGGCACCCCAAUCAUCAAUCUACCUCAAACUGCUGUCCUUGGUCUUCACGCGAUCAACGAAAGGGCGGUGGUGGUCAAUGGCAAGAUUGAAAUCAGACCCAUGAUGUACCUUGCACUAACGUACGACCAUCGAUUGUUGGAUGGUAAAGAAGCCGUCACCUUCCUGGUGAAAAUCAAGGAGUACAUAGAAGACCCCAGAAAGAUGCUGCUGGCCUGA